GUUUUCUCAGUUCAGACUGUCGGUCGCUGCAUGGCAACAGGCGCGAGGGAUUCCCCCCGCACGUCGCCUCUCUGUCUUCCCGUUCAAAAUUGCUUUAGCGUUAAAAAUCAAACUGUCUGGCUGCUUCUACCCGGCGCGUCCAUCAGCGGCGACAUGUCCUGGAAUAUAGUAUAACGCCCGACGCGGAGCAGAAACUUUAAACCCGGGCAUAUUCAAGCAAAACCCAGUGCAGUCACACCGAAGAGCAGCCGAAAGGACUCCACAUACAGAUUCUCAUUGAUGAGGCAACCUCCAAAUGACGUCGAGAUGGCUUUAGGUGGGACGCUUCUUCCAUCCAUAUCCACGUUUGCCAGCGGCCCCACGGUCAAGAGUAAAUCCAUAGGAAGUUCCAAUUUAAGAUGGAAGGAGGAGCUGUCCCAUCUUAAGAGAUCCAGUGUGCCAACCGGAAGCAGCUGCUCUGACCCAGACCAUCCCACUGCCACCAGCACAACAAGCCCCAGCAUGUCCAAAAAAGAGACAGAGCUUGACCUGGACUUGGACUACGACUUCAUUCUGUCUAACUCCAUUCUGCAGCAGCAGCAACAGCAGCAGCAACAGCAGGAGGAGGCCAUGGCAUGCAGCUCUGCCCAGGCCCUGUCUCCUUCCCCUGGCUCUUUCUCCUCAUCUUAUCCUCUCCCCUCCCCUCAGGGCACUACCAGUGAGCUGCUCUAUACCAUCCCAGAUAUCAGUGAUGUCUCACCCUCUGGAGGCUUUGUGGCAGAGCUCAUGAGACCUGAGUUGGACCCGGCAUACCUCCACCCCACCAGCCUCCACGGCAAGUUCGUGGUCAAGACAACAAUGGACAUGGGAGAAUACAGCCAAGGCGUGAGCGUAAGCAAGGCCUGCGUUAAUGCUGUGUCAGACCCAACUCCUUCACGUGCCUCACCGUCAUUUACAUGCCACAGGAUAAAGCAGGAGAACCCCAGUAACUGCACCAUCUCACAGCCCAUAGACCUACACCUGGCUGGGGUAAACUCCCAGGGCCGAGGGAGCCAGCAGCAGCGCCCCAGCAAUUUAGACCUACAUGGCUUCCCAGGCGGAGGGAGAUCCAUGACAGGCAGCAGGUUAUCCUCAUCCUCCUCCCUCUCCCCAGACCAUCCUCUGAGCCGGGAGCACCAGAUUCUGGGGCAUCCCCACUCUCAGAUCACUCUACCUCCCCAGGGAUACCACCAUAGCUCCCCGCAGGGCUACACCUCCUACCCUCAGCCAUCCUCCAUGCAGUACCAAGAGGCCCUCAUGAUCUCCAGUGGGGACUGUUUGCCGGAGGAACCAAAGCCUAAACGUGGCAGGCGCUCCUGGCCAAGGAAGAGAGUUGCCACACACACGUGUGACUAUGUUGGCUGUGGGAAAACUUACACAAAGAGCUCCCACCUCAAAGCACAUCACCGCACACACACAGGGGAGAAGCCUUACCACUGCGACUGGGAGGGCUGUGGUUGGAAAUUUGCACGUUCGGACGAGCUCACACGCCACUACAGGAAACACACAGGCCACCGGCCAUUUCAGUGUCAGAAAUGUGACCGGGCCUUCUCAAGGUCAGACCACCUUGCUCUCCAUAUGAAGCGACACUUAUGAGACUUGCCGAUGGAAUGAAGGCUCCAGGAAAAAAAAGAAAAAUGUUAGCAGAACCCUGAACAAACUUGUGACCUACACUUUUUAAAACCAUAAUUUGCCUUCAGGCCGUUGUCAAGCAACAAGACAAGCUGUGGUGUUCACGGCAAAAAGAGCAUUACUCUCUCAAGACCUAUCCUGUCUUCGCACAUUGUGCAGGUGACUCAACGAGACCUCUCAGUCAGGGUUGUAAACUUUUAUGAAAGGGACCAAACUGGAAUUUGUCUCAUUUAACCGACAAAACUUGGAGGACCAGGUGCCAACACCUUUUAACUGGAAAUGUAUUUUUGUCAGGGAAACCAGGAGCAACAGACAAACAUCUCCAGAGGCCUUCUACCAGCAACAUGCCAAUAUAGGCUCUGUUAACUACACACUGUUCAAAAUACUGUAUUAAUAAAUACAUCUAUAUUUAUAUACACAUUUCACCUGCAAUGCCAUUAAUUUCAGGUACAAUGUUAAUUUAUAUAGGAUGGUGCUCAGUGACUCUGAAGAAGGUUUUUUUUUAAAGAAAAGGUACCAAAGAUUAAGGAAAAUAUACAAAAGGGUGAAAACUAUGAAAAAGUGCCAUAUGGUUGUUUCUUAGAAACCUCUCUUCCACAAUCUGACUUAAAUCAGGUGAACACUUCACUUAUAAAUGGUGAUGGCAAUCUUCAAUGCACUGCAGUCGCAAAGUGCAAUAAUUUAUAUGAGACAUUCAUAUUUUUGUAUUGAAUGAGUGAACUCUGAACAAAGAUGUUUUUGUUUAUAGCCAAAAUAUGUAAUAUAAUCUUGAAUUUUGUACAUUUGUGAAUAAAAAUGCUUUGUUAUUGUUUUGUAUUUUACAGUAUAAUAAAAUAAAAUGUAUUUGAAAUAAGAAAACCAUAAUGACCUUUAUACUCAUCUACCAUAUCUACAUCAUUAUCAUUAUCUUGUUGAAAAACAACAAAAACAUGUUGACACCAUAAAGUAAACAUAAUGCAUAUUAAGCAGUGUCUUUGAGCAUCAGCAGUUACAGUAACUGUAGAUUUCCCUGAUAAUGUAAUGGAGAAGCACAUUUAAAAGGGAGCAAUAGCUCACAGUCAGCUCACACACAAUAUGCCCCCUGAUAAUAGUGAGAUCGCCGCAGGCAAACUAACACAAUGUUGCGGUUUAAAAGAUUUUCAAAAAAAUACUCCUACAAUGUCCUGUUUCCAUGGGGUUCUCUUUCCACCUGUCAGUGGGAAGAAUGAGGAGGACAAUUCAAGGGUGACACCAAAUCUGACUGCCGCUCUGUGUCGUGACUGAGCUCUCAGGUGCACUGUAUGAAUAAAACCCAUAAAGAUGCUACAGUGAGAUACUGUUUCUGCUAUAUCAUGCAUCAUUGUAUGUGUUGUGUGUAUAUAAUGUAUCCAGCUACAUGCAUUAUUUCACAAAAAAGUAACAUGACAAUUACAUUCAUGAAAUCCUGCUAUAUGCUUAAUGUCCACUCAACAACUGGUAGUUCUUUACAGUAAAUAUAGCAAAGUUGUUCUAAAACAUAGAGGUCAUAAUUGCAGUUUAGUGAAUCGCUUUGUAAAAAUAAGACAGCACUUCUUUUUGAUAAGUAAUACAACUUUAAAAUUGAUUUAAACUGUGAGCACAUGAACUCUAAAUGAUCAGUUAUGUAUUAAUUUCAAAAUGUUCAUAUAAUUCUACUGUCUUACAUUCACAAAUAGUAUAAGCAAGCGACAAAAACAAAGACUUACAUUCUAUUAAUAGUUACUAAUGGUUUCAACAACGUAAGAGCCUAUAUGUUGCCUGUUUGCCGUCAAACAUUUGUAUUCAUAAAAUGGCCUAAAAUAUGUAUUUCAACUGUUUAAAGUCUCCCAGUAAAAGAUGUAAAACAAUUGUA